AAAAUGAAUAUAAGUAAUAAGUUGGCAACGCGAGCAGCUGUUUGAAGUGUUAGCGCCGCUGUACAUAUAACCAAAAACAUUUGUAUUCUGAAAAUCACAUCUUUUAGCGCUUAAAAUAUAUUUAACAGAAUAUAAUUUUUAAUAUAAAAUGGAUACAAUAGUAAAUGCACAUUUUAUAUCUGAAAAGAUAUCCAAAAUACGUUGGAUACCAGAAACAUUAAAAGAUAGUAACCGCUUUUUAACCGGCACUUGGGAUAUGUCCACAAAUUUCUUGCGUAUUUGGCGCUUUCAAGGCAAUGAGUAUCCAGAAAACUUCAAUGAUUGUGUUCCACGUUCAAGUGAUAAAAUACCUUUUGUAGGCGACAUAACUGGUUUGGAAUUUGUUACGGAUGAUGUAGUAGCCACAACUUGUACUGAUGGCCACUUAAGUUUGGUUAAAAUAAAACGUGCUGUUGAGGAAGAUGUACUGGAAAUUGAUGGACGCAGUAAUCUAUUACAUAAAUUUGAUUUAGCAGACCAAGCGGCACCAUGUACUGGGCUCUCUAUAUAUGCUAAAGAUGCAGCAACUGUAGGUGAGGAUGGUCGACUCAAUAUUAUUGACUGUAGCACAUUACGGGAACCACGUUGUGUAAUUGAAGCAGAUAGUUGUGCACUUACUGCUGUUGCAUAUAUAAAUCCACAAGAAGUAUUAACUGCUAACCGUAUGGGUGUCAUACGUAUAUUUGAUGUGCGUACUGCAGCUAAAGCAACUGAAUUUCCAUCAUUCAUGAUCUCCAGUGAAGAUGAUAAGCGUUCAAAUUCUGUUACAUGUUUAGGUUCACAUCCAACGCAGCAACAUGUGGUACUGGCUGGUUCAGAAGAAGGUUCUAUAACCGUAUGGGACUUGCGACAACCUGGCAUUCCUGCAUCUUACCUAAGUGCACAUACAAGUGCUAUUACAGAACUUGCCUUCCAUCAUACUGAUCCAACGAAGCUUUUUACUGCUUCGGAAGAUGGUGAAAUGUGGUUAUGGUCGCAACAUAUGGUAACAAGUAUACCUAGUUUUAUUGGUUUGCAAAAAGAAGAAACUGAAAAUCCUUGGUUAAGUGGUGAACGUGCCAAAAAUCGAAUAAGUGUUACUGCACUUAUAUCAGAUUUACGCAAACCCAUUAAUUCAUUCGACUCGAACGGAUCAAAAAUCAUAUGCAGUAGUGAUAGUGAAGCUAUUUACCUAAUUGAUAAUAUUCUCUAAAUGAUUUACUGAACCAGAAACAUUAAUUUCUAAAAUUAUAAAUUAUAUAUAUUAAGUUAUUAAUA